AUGGGAUGUUUUGGAAACCUGCGUCUUCCAACGUGGGGAGGAUGUUCGGUACGUACGCCAGGUUUUGGACUUUUCCCCACGUUUUCGUCAUUAACACAAACACCGCGCGACUGUUACGAUAUCUCGAGAGGGAAGCGUUAUCGGUGUUCUACCGACGGUCUCUUCCCCGCCGAAUGCGAGAACGUCGCAAUGCCUUCAGUCGCGAAGUCGCCGUUUCUGUUACCUUUUCUCAGCCGCCUUGGCAAACAUCGCAGUUUUUUGUUACUUUCGCGAACCGGCGCUCCGUCGUCGUCAAUAACGGCAUCUUGGCUUUCCGUUUGCUCUGAGUUAACUGUUCUGUGUCGUGCCCCUCGUUGCACACACAAACCACGUGUUGUGGCCGCCCGUGCCAUAACCCCCGUAAUUUGCCGUUAUCGCCCAUUCGCCGUGUUCGUCAAGUGUCCGUCGGCUGUUUUUGUCCAAGUCGACGUUGUGGUAUGUUGUCGCAGCCCGGUCAAUCUCCAUCUACCCAUUAUCGGACAAACGGCAGCACCAUUAGUUGUCAACAUCCGCUAUCAAUCUCGUCACUAUCAGGUCGUACACAGAUGA